AUGUCUACUAAGAGUCUUAUCAGUAAUAAGAAGAACGAUGAGGCACGAGUAAAGUCAAUUAUGAUUAACAAAUUGAUUGAUGAUCCUCAAAUGAAAGAAAUGAUCGUUAUGGAAUACGAACAAUUGACACCUUCGCAAAUAUGGAAUCGAUUUAAACAAUUAGCGAAGAAGCAGGGAAAUUGUUUAAUUCCAAAUUGGCUCUCACUCGUACUCUGCAACCUAUUUCUCGUCUUCCUAUUCGGCUUAAUGGCUGCAGCGAUUAUGCUUGCUAAGGAUCCUCCGGGUCAACAAAAGCAGAUUACUGCUGCACCACUGAAAGCUAAUCUUAGUUACAAUGAAUCUUGUUACACCUUUGAUUCAUCCUGUAGUCUAACGUUAAAUCUAUGGUGUAUUAAUGAUUACUGUCAGUGUUACAAUCAAUUGUACUAUUGGAAUGGAGUCAGAUGUGUAAAAUGUCCAAGUACAUUCUAUUACAAUGGAUCACAAUGCACUUGUCCAUCGAAUUUGUACUUACAAGGACCAACAAACACUUUGUGCGCAUCGUAUAAAACGUAUACACAAUCAUGCACAACGUACGUUCUGUGUGAUUCAAGUGUAGGUCUGUACUGUGACAAUGGAAAGUGUAAUUGUACUUAUGACUAUUAUUGGAGUUCAACAGAUGGCUCUUGCGUGAGAUAUUCAUCAAAUACAGAAAACUGUAGUUCGACGAUUUAUUGUCUUCCAAGUGAUUCCACUGGAAAUCCUACUUCACUAACAUGUCUUAAUGGGACAUGUCAAUGUCCAACAAGUGGUAAAUGGUAUUGGACAGGCGAUGUGUGCACGCAAAUCAAGAGCUAUAAUGGAUCGUGUUUCUUUGAUCAACAGUGCGAUGGUACUUUACAGUUGAUAUGUAAUAAUGGUGUUUGUGUUUGUUCGGGUGCAACAGCCUAUGGAACUUGGUUUUGGAAUGGAACACAGUGUGUUCUAUGCCCUCUCGGUUGGCUCAAUUAUGAAAUAUACUGCUAUUACAAUUCUCCAAUUCCUGCAACGCAACCUGUGGCACGUGAAUAUUGUCAACAGUAUGGAGGUGAUCUUUUGUAUAUUGAAUCUCAAACUGAGUUUAAAUUCAUCGAACCUCGUGCGGCUGCGAUCAUUGGCAGUUAUAACCUAGCCUUUGUCGGUUAUAUUACACUGAAUAAUACGGCACCGGGUAGUUUUACAUGGUACAACGGGAAAACCUUUACUGGUGCGCAUACACCAGACGUUUGGUGGUGCGAAGCCAACUCACCAUAUGGAUACCAGCCAACAUAUUCCUAUAGAUCAUCAGCAACUCCACAAGUUCAAGCUUGUGGUGCUCUACAAGUCUAUGGCGGUACGAAUGUAUGCAUGAAUGAUUGGUGGUGUUCAGCUUCAUUACCAUUCAUAUGUAAGAAAUCACAAUGA